AAUUAUACAUAACUGCUUCGCCUAUUCAAAAAGUGAACGCUGGGUAUAAAGUGACUGCUUUUGCUAAAGUUUACACAAUUGGUGGAAUGUGUGCAACCCUUGCAUGUCUGUUCGUUGGCAUCAUAGGACAAAUGCAUAUGUGACCGGAUAUCACAAGUAUUGCUGGCAAUCUUAGCGUGCUGGGGACAUUCGUUUUGUAUCUAGAACUCAUCAUCACCUUGGUGGGUUACAUUGUUUCAAAUAUCAGUCAACAAAUGCAGAGAAAUAAUCAUAUUGAACUCAUUGAGUGCCUGCAAAAAUUAGAUAUAACCCUUAUCAAAGAAUUUCGGGUUAACAUGAACUAUCACAAAAUCUUCCGGAAAAAUGUCUUUCUGGUUUUAUUGUUUUCCAUAUUUUUCUCACUGUUUUCGUUCUCCUACGUCAUGGAUUUCUUCAGUCAUGAUAUGAUCUUCGUGCCUCUAAUUGUUAUUAGCUACAUGGUUAGUUACAUGGCAUUGGGCGUUUCAAGCUAUGCCGCUAUGAACUUUGCAGAUUUGAUGAGAAUUCGUUUCCGCCUUUUUCUGAAACUGUUAAACCCCGAGUUUUUGAAAGGACGCUAUAAGAACGAAAAAGUCCGAGUGAAGAAAUUCAAAAUCUUGGUGGAAAAAUAUCAGGAUACAUUCUACAUUAUAAAAAAGAUAAGCGAAGUUUAUGGAGUUUCUCUGUUGAUGGUGCAUUUUCAUGAUUUCACUAUGACCACGUCCCAAGUGUAUUUUCUGUACUGGAAGUCGACGAAUGGAACCGCCGAUGCAGUGGAAUUUUUAAAUAUUAUCUUUUGGGUUUUCCCAAUCAUUUGGAAGAGUGUUUUUCUACCACUAUACAUGCAUUUGAUGGUGAAUGAGUCCGAGGCGUGUAUCCCUUUGGUGGUAAAUGCAGAUGAUCAUUGCUUAAGAAAAGAUACUAGAAGCAUAGUAGGAACAUUCUCUGUAUGGAAUCGCCACAACAAUACACGAAUUUCGGUGGCAGGUUUUUUCAACUCAGACCUGGCUCUUGGAUUUUCGAUAUGCAGUGGAGUGGCAUCAUAUCUCCUCAUUUUAAUACAAUUCAAAAUGCAAGAGGACGACAAAUAAGCAGAGUAGGAUCUCUUUAGACAAAUUGUGUUUUAGGUAGUAGAUCUACAAAGUAAAAAAGCUUAGGAAAUGGUUUCGAUGUUUCGUUUGGAGGUUUAAAAAUGUUAUUUUUUUAUCUUACACCAAAGAAGGAAAUGACUGUUCUCGGCAUUAUAGUAUGGCCUAAGAAAAGA